AUGUCAGACAACAACAACAACAAUAAUAAUAAUAAUAAUGAUGAUGAUAAUGAUGAAGUGAUAUCAAUGAUGUGUGAGAAGCAUAAGAAGAAGGAGAAGGUCAUUUGUUGGACUUGCAAGAUGUCGAUGUGCACUGUGAGUAUGUCUAAUCAGAGAGGUCAUGAUAUGAGUCAUGUUGAUCACAUCAAGGAGUGUUUGAUGAAGAAGGAGUAUGAUGGAUUGUGGUGCAUGCCAAGGUUGAAUCAUCUCUGGAAGACACUUCAACAGUGCGUUGAGUCGUAUCAAUCAUUGGAACAGACACACAAGGAGGUGAGUGAUCACUUUGAGCAACUGUUCAAACUGUUGAUGGCACAGGAGCACAAGAUCAAGACACCAAUCAAUGUUCAAAUGUCACACAUUCAAUCAACAAAUAACAACAUCAUCGAUGAGAUCAAUGAUCUCAAUCACAUCCUCAACAUGUCACAUCAAACAGAUAGCAACAGCAACCAAGCCAACAUGGUUCAUGAUGUAUCUGAAGUGAUUGGAUCAAUCCUAUCAUGUUCAACGAUCAAUCAGUUCAUCAGCAAAUUGUCAUCAACUCAAUCACAACAAUCAGAGAAGGAUACAGACGCAAUCAAUGACAAUGAACUGAUGAUGAUGAUCAAGAAUCACAACCAACACAUGAAUGACGUGCAGUAUGAUCUCACCAAACUCCAAACACAAUCAAUGAAGAAUGAGAUGAUCAAGUUGAAUGACACCAAGAAUAAGAUCAAAUCAUGUCUUGGUCUCAUUGAACAAGUUCAACAACCAGCAGUUCAACACCCGUUCAACAAUCACAUCAAUAUGAUUGACGAUGGAUUCUCAUUGCUCUCACUGGACACAUUCAAAUGGACAACGCACAAGAAGGUAUUGCCAAGGAGGGUGGACCAUUUCUCAACAGAAUGUGUUUACGCUCGUGGUCACAUCUACCAGUUUGGAGGUAGCUCGUCACCAACACGAUUCUCGAAUCUCACUUGCCGAUAA